UUGAAGGGAGAGUAUCGCGAUGCGCGAUUUACCGCGGCAGCUACAACGAGUUUGAAAGAGUUAAUUUACGAGCACGCAGAGAGAAAGGCAAAGCAUAAGUACUACAAAAUAAAACAACGACACAACCAAAAGAAAUAAUACGAAAAAUAAACAAACAACACAACUACUAAUAUAUAUAAAGAUUUCAUAUGCAUGCAUGCAUGCAUACAUACACACAUAACUGAAAAAGAGCAGAAAUAUCAAUUUAACAAAAAAAGUUCCCUCUGCCGCAACUACAAAGAUGCUGUCAUCGACGAAAUUUACACCGUUGUUGUUGUUGUUAGUUGCUGCACUGUCAACUCGCAGCGCUGCAUUCCAGCUCCGAGAGGCGUAUGAGACUACAACAGUAACAGUAGAUGAAGAAUCAACGCUGACGCCGACGCCGCCGCCGACGCCAACGAUGGCAAAAACAACCAAGAAGGCAGUGCAGAGCAGCGCGCCGACUCAACAGCAAAUUGCAGAUUAUGCUAAAAGUGUAAAAAUAUUCUUCCCUUCAAAUGACAACUCAGAGGAGGAGAGCAUAUUCGACAUUUAUGGUCUGAAAACUACACCACCGCCGAAUGAAAAUAAAAUCCAAACUGGCUACAAGCUGCAUACUACUACAGAAGCAACGGUGAUUGAGACUACAACGGCCAGCGCGAUAGCAUUCAAGGCAGGCAAUUCAACGAGUAAUGCCACGCUCACAUCUGUUGACGAUCGUUUGGGGAUUUUGAAUUUGGCGCCACACUGUCCGGAGGGCCAUGUAAUAGUGAAUCAGCGUUGCCAUAAGUCGGCUUGAUGUGGAAAUAUAAAUAUGCGCAUGGCUUUUCUAAAGGGCGCAGUUUUUUAAUAUUUUAUAUAUUUUGUAGAAAUCGGGAAAAGCUAUUUCAAAAAAAAAUCUGCUUAAGAUCAUUGAUGUUUUUAUAAGCAAAAAUUCACUCUGUAUAUUUUUACAAUUUUUUCUAUAUCUAAAAAGUAUCAAAAGUGCUGCUUUAUUUUUUAAUAAAAAAUUG